GGGCCUUCUUUGGAGGAUGAUGAAGUGGUCGGGUUUGAUGAGGAAGCUAACAAAGUGAUCACGCGACUUUUUGAAGGACCGGCAGAAUCUCUAGACAUUGUCCCAGUGGUGGGUAUGCCCGGUCUUGGUAAAACUACACUGGCAAGGAAAAUCUACAAUGAUUCUAAGCUUUCAUAUGAAUUUUUCAGCAUCAUUUGGGUUUACGUUGGACAAUCUUACAAAAUAAAGGAUAUUUUUCUUAAUAUUCUAAAAUUCUUCACAAAACGCAUAGAAGAUCAUCUCAAUGACGAUGUGGACACAUUAGCUAAUCUAAUUAGUGAUUAUAUGAGUAAAGGCGGCAGAUGUCUCAUCGUUUUGGAUGAUGUGUGGGAAGCAACAGUUAUUGAUCACGUGAAGAAAGUUUUCCCAGAAAACAAAAAGGGCCAUCGAAUCAUGAUGACCACACGUGACGGAUAUCUGGCUACUUAUGCCAAUCCAGAUCCUCAUAAUCUGAAAUUUUUGAAUCCAAAAGAAAGUUUUGAAUUGUUGGUAAAGAGAGUUUUUGGAAAGGGAAGCUGUCCGGAUGACUUGGUAAAACUUGGAGAAAAAAUUGCAGGAAGCUGCGGUGGAGUACCACUUGCAGUAGUGGUAAUUGCAGGAGCAUUAAGAGGUCGUCCCAACAAAAGUGAUUGGCAAAGAGUUCAGAAAAAUGUGGCAGAACAUCUUUAUAAGAAUAGCCAAGAGAGCUGCUUGAAAUUUGUACAGAUGAGUUAUGAUCGUUUGCCCCAAGAAGUGCAGACAUGCUUCUUGUAUUGUGGUGUCUUUCCUCGAGGCUUUGACAUCCCUUCUUGGAAAUUGAUUCGCAUGUGGAUAGCGGAAGGGUUAAUAAAGCCCCAACAAACAUACACUCUUGAGGAGAUAGCUGAGCUUCAUUUGAACGAUCUUGUCAAAAGAAAUUUACUGAUAUUGAUGCAAAAGAGGUCUGAUGGUCAAAUUAAAGCAUGCCGUCUUCAUGAUAUGUUGCACGAGUUUUGCAGAAAGGAGGCUACUAACAAAUGGCUUUUUCAUGAAAUAUGUAAAACGCCUGAUAAUGUUAUUCCUUCUAUACAGGACCAAGAUACUCGCCGCCGAUUGUGUAUUGAACCAUCUAUUCUGUAUGACUUUCUCUCCACAAGACCUUUUGCAGAACAUGUGAGAUCUUUCUAUUGCUUUUCCUCAAAACAAAAACAAAUUGAAUUGUCUCCUAAUGACAUAAAACUCAUUCACAAAGCAUUUCCACUUAUCAGGGUCUUGGACGUUGAAUCUCUCAAAUUUCUUUUCUCCAAGGACUUUAACCAAUUAUUUCAUUUGAGGUAUAUUGCUAUCUCAGGUGACUUUAAGGCCCUUCCUCCAACCUUUGGUACAUUUUGGAAUCUACAA